AUGGCGCCGAAGUUUAAAGACGGGGACGCCGUCGCGACGCUUAAUGGAAAAUGGGUCUCUUGGGCUCAUACCGCCGUCGCGUACACUGCCUUUUUGAGCGCCCUCUUUGUCGGAAUGAGUUUGCAUUUCAAUAAGAUCGUGCAGAACGAACACUACGGCUAUCCCGAUGAAUGGUUCCCUUCUGUUUCAGCAACCAUCGGUGAUCGGUACCCCGAGCGUUCGUUUUUCCAAGUCUUUAUCGCCAUCACGUCCGGCCCUCGUUUUGCCCUCGUUUUCCUUUGGUACCUUGUGACUGCCCGCCCGAACUCGACUCUUCCCAAGUUUGUUGCCGGUGUUGGAAUAUUCCGAACGUUUACCUGCGGCGGCUGGACAUAUGUGACGUCGACAGAUGACCACGACUGGCACGACAUUUUCAUGAUUUCGUACUUGGUUGCGACUUUGCCGUGGACAAUUGGUUGCUUGGCGUUGAGCCCGAACAACCGUCGCGCUGUCAAGUACCGGAAGAUCCUUGCCAGUCUGUUUUUCGGCACGCUUGUUCCCUUGAUUUAUUACUUCAUCCAGCAUAAAGUGCACAAAGUCCCUGGAGCUUACACGAGAUACGCUUUUUUUGAGUGGUCUCUCAUUUUGUUUGAUGUCGGAUUUGACGCCGUUACGGCGCUCGACUUCGAGGCGUUCGAAAUUGUCGUGAAGGAUGUUAAAGGAAUCAGUCGAGGGCAGUUGAAAAACACUGCAGACUCCGUUCUCGAAAAAGAGAAGGGAAAGCCUGUCGGAAAUACUUUUGGUCAGGGUUUCUUCUGGAGUGAAGUCUUCGAUGCUGCUGCAGAUGUGUACAACGGGUUUGUCUACUGGACUAACUGGACUGGUCUUCCCGUACUUGUCUGGUACUUCCCGCUCUGGCACAUGGGUAUUUCCGGAUAUGAAGUUGUUAUCCUUAGUUACGUUGCGCCUGUACUUCUCGCCAUUCCCGCUCUCAAGUCCCUGGCUAUCAAGAACCCCCGUAUCUUUCACUUCUUGUCGCUAUCAGGAUUCCUCGCCUACAAGGUACAAAACCCUGCAAACAGACUAUUUGUCAGCACAUUUGCUGUUGCCUGCAGCUCUAUCACCUUUGCUGCCACUCUGUACGGGGACAGGGCCCAGCACACGAAACUCGAGUCGCGUGUCUUUGCAUGGGGUCUUGGAUUGAUCUUGUCCAGCAUUGCCAAGUUUGCGGGCAAGACCAAUAACCCCUUCUGGCCGAUCAUGCACGCAGAGAACGGUGGGUGGAACAAGCUAGGAUUGCUUCUCGCUAUUUUGGCUGGCAUCCGUUCAUUCAGAGUCCCUGCCAGCAGUGGCGGGGACUAUUUCCCCUCCACCGGCAAGAAAGGAUCUUCUUUGCUUGCUGGAUUGGGAUUGGGAAGUAUGAUAUUCUUGAUGCAUUACCUCUUGUCUGAUUCUAGUACCAUGAUUGCCUGGGUUUGGGAGGGCUACCCAGUCCGUGGCCCCAUCGCCGUGCCUCAUGGAGCGCUUACUAUCUUUGCGAUGGGCGCUGGACUCGCGUUUGGCUUGUUUUACCCUAACGUUGCUGGAAGCUGGACCGCUUUUGGUAUUGGCUCUGUUGGUGCAGCUUUUCUUACAGGCACCAGCCACUGGAGUGGAUUCUACGGUGCUCUCACGAUUUCUUUCUACCUCAUGGCCGUUUCGCCUGUGAUGAUCUCUUCUGCGGUUCGUCAUUCGCCAGCGAUCACGUUCGGACUCGCCUUCUUCGUUUAUGUCUUCCUCCUUCUCUUCCAUGUGUGGGUUGUGGCCUACGCUUUCGUUCCCGGCGGACCGCUCGUCAGAGAGCACACCGAUUGGCUCAUGACUGUUGCGAUGCUUUUUAUCGGUGCAGGUGUCUUCUCUGCGGCGGUGUCGAGAUCAAGUGGCCCUAGGACCAAUGCCAUCAGCCCAAACGGCAGGAGAUUGCGCUCAUACUAUGUCUAUGUGCUCGUUGCAUUGCAGCUUCUGUCUGUCUCUAUCGCGUACCUCCGUUUCCCAACGAACGACUACACGCCUUACCACAAAGAAGAAAAGGCUGUAACCGCCGGUAUCUGGACCGUCCACUUUGGUCUGGAUAAUGAUAUGUGGGCCUCUGAGCGACGCAUGCGUGAUGUAAUCCAGGAACUCGAGAUUGACGUUCUCGGUCUUCUUGAGUCUGACAACCAGCGCAUCAUCAUGGGCAACCGUGAUAUAACGCAGUUCAUCGCCGAAGAUUUGGGCAUGUACGCCGAUUUUGGCCCGGGUCCCAACAAGCAUACAUGGGGCUCUGCCUUGCUUUCCAAGUUCCCUAUCGUCAACUCCACUCACCAUCUCCUUCCUUCACCUGUUGGUGAACUCGCUCCUGCCAUCCACGCUACCUUGGAUAUGUAUGGCGAGCUGGUUGAUGUCGUUGUCUUCCAUUCAGGACAAGAGGAAGAUCCAGAGGACCGUCGCCUGCAAACCGAGUACCUGUCGAAGCUAAUGGGCUCUUCCCCCCGUCCGCUUAUCCUCCUGAGCUACCUAGUCACUAAACCGCUCGAAGGCAACUACAACACCUACGUUAGCGAGCUGAGCGGUAUGAAGGACAUUGACCAAACCGACUGGGACCGCUGGUGCGAGUACAUUCUCUACAAGAACCUCAAGAGAACAGGCUACGCCCGUGUUAGCCGCGACUCUAUUACCGACACUGAGAUUCAGGUCGGUAAAUUCGUGAUAGGUGAGCCAGAGCCAGAGAACGAGAUGAUGAUCCCGGAGGAAAUGGUUCCUCAGGGUCUCCGAUUCCCUGCGAUGUUCCGUGGUCAGGGAGUUCGCGGUCAUCGCUACCACGUCUUCAACGAGCCACGAUACUGGCAGUGA